AUGCCGCCUUCCUCGCAGCGCAGGGGCGGUGCAGCGCCGGAGAGGCGCCAGCCGGGGCGGCCCGCUCCCAAGAAGGGCAAGUCAAGCCAUAUCAAGAAGGAAAAGGCGAAGUACCAUCGGGAGAAAUAUGCCCGCGAAAAGUUCGUGCAGCAUCAAGGCGGUGACGCUCGUCGCGGGGCCGAGAGUGGCGGUAACGGCGGCCGCCAGCCGGCGCGGUCCGCGCGGACAAAAGACAUUGACAUCCACUUGGCUGCUAAAGUCUCGUCGGAGCUGCGUGUGGAUCUGGCGAACUUCAAAUCAAGACUGAACGCGACUGACCUGUUUGGCCCAGAUCUUGGCAAACUCUUCAAGUUUGUCCCCCCUCCUUUUGUGCAGCAGCACCUGCCGGACAGUGUGAGGCCAUUUCGCACCUACCUGAGCAAGUUUGAGCGUGGUGCUCCCAACACGGUGCAAGCCUUUAUUGUAUGGUACGAGUGGGCCUCGUACGAGGUGAACAAGGGCAAAGGGCACANCAAUCUCUCGAAGAAGCAAGGCACAGGGAGGUCUCACACAUCAGCUGCGGAGGAAGGAAUGGAGGAUGAAGUCGAGGAGGAGGCUCAGCGCAAGCAGGGGUCGCAGGAUCCCACCGAGGAGAAGGGCCAUGCAAGGUUUAGUCAGGCUCGCCUGACCUUGGCCAAAACGGUGAGAGAUCGCGAGCACGUCCGAGCGCUGCUUCAGAUGUGUCUGCGGCACAACUCGUCACGUCGUAGGGAGGGCCAGCACGCGUUCGUGAAUUAUCUUAAGGCAAAACUUUCGGAGGAUGUGGAAUGCCGUUCAUUAAAAAGCCUUCGCGAAACGGCACACCACGCUGUUCCCUACGCACUCUCGCGGUUGCUGCUUGGUAUGGUUACGGAGGACUUGGCGAUGAUUGUUUUGCACGCACACGCACUCUAUCUGACACUCCACGAGACAAGUGUGUCGCCUUCUGUGGUACUCGCGUUGAUUGGUGAGGAACUGGCCCUGGACGUGCGUCUUAAGGCAGCCAAGGCUCGUCUGAAGGCGCGCACAGCCAAGGCGGAUGCACAGCAGCCGGAUGAUGAAGAGGAUGAAAUUGAUCCUGAUUCAAUUAAUGAUCCAACCAAAGGUGAACGUAACCAGCGCAUGAUUGCUGCCGUAUUCGCAAUGGGGGUUGUUGUUGCUAACGGCGGCAAGGCACAUCUGGAAGACGCGCGCUGCCUGGUGCAUUACUUGUGCUUCGCCUACAUUGAGCAAAAGGCGACACGUGUGCUGACGGCGAAUAUUCUCUUCGAGACGCUCCAGCGGUUCCCGGCGCUAUGGGCAGACGAGGGCGUUGUGGAGUGGCUUUCACUCGCCUUCUUCCACUACCCGAAGAUGGAGUACUUUCGCCCCGAGGGAAUUCAGUUGCUGCUGCGUCUCAUGUCAAUGGAAGAGAAGCCGAACGCCCUCACCCGCGGCCUUCCAACCGCCGUGCUGAAGUACGCCGCAAUGGAUCCACUCGAGCCGUCGACGGUGGAACAGUUGGCGAGCGCGCUCUUCCGCAAGGAGCAGGUGACGGCGGUGCAUCCCAUGGUGCACCCGGUCUGGGAGGAGUGGCUCGACACAGUGGCAGAGCGCUGCGCCGCUGGAGAGUCAAUGAAAGAGCACCUCAGUACUAUGGUGCACAAUGCCAUUGCGCCGUACCGCCGAGGCAACGCGGACGCGCCGAGACGUGCGCUGUUCCAGCAACUUGUCUCCCGACUCGGCCAGCUGGUCGUGCAGAAUGACGAUGCCGAGCAGCGCGCAGAGAUGCUACAGAUCGCCAGCAAAACCGUUGGCUACGGCCGUCGCACACUUGCGAAGGCGACUGACAUUGCAGAGCUGCGUGGGCUUCCUCUGGAGGCCCUUGACGCCAAGGUGCGCGACCUCCUCGUGCAGUACCGCGCCACACGUGUGUCGGACCCAUCGGCGUUUGCGAACCGCACGUGGGUGCUGCGUGAAUUGCGUGCAUGCCUGUACGUUCCGCUGCGUGAAGGCGUGGCGUGCACGUACAUUGACGACGCGGCUCGUGCGCUGCUGGAGUUCGGCUUCUACCCGACGCCGCCGCACCGUGAUGAGCGCAGCAUGAACCGCGCCAUCUUCCUUUUUGCCGACAUCUUCUCCUUCACCUACACCGCUGCUGUGUCGCGGCCGAAGUGCACACUGAGCCCGUUGAGUGUUAUUGCCGCGUACCUCGAGGCGGAGGGGAAGGGGCAGACGCGGUACACGACGGGCGCGACGCAGAGCAGCUUCCGCAAGGCGCGCAACCGCAUCGUGGCGGCGCUGGAGGACUCCGCGAAGCGCAGCGUCCUCUUCUACGCCGAGCGCGACAUGCAUGUGCUACUGGUGCUGCUCUUCCUUGUGCUGAGCACCGACGACCCGACUAACGAGGAGGCGAAGGCGCUAGCGGCCUCCACUGUGCCAGAUCUCUGCCAGUUCUUUCUCACCGGCACGCUUGAGACGCUCGACAUCUUCUACGACGUACUGAUGGCGCUCGUGAUGCGGCCGACGGCGCCCAUCCACGUGAUGCCGCUCAUGACAUGCGUGCGGCGCAUUGCUACCGGCUACAUGCUGAAGUUCGCGCGCUACGUGCGAGAGCGUGUGACACUCGACUUGCUGCUCGCUCCGCUGCGGGAGGCGUACCACACCGACGACCGCGAAAAGGCACGGCAGGCGAAGGGGGGGAAGGGAGAGGCAGACGACGACGACGACGACGACGACGCAUCCUCCAGUGACGGAGAGAACGGCGGCGGCGGCGGUGACGGCAGUGACGAGGAAAUGGCCGCAGCCGCUAAUGAUGAGGAUGGGGAGGGCGAAGAAGAUAGCGAUGCGGAUGGUGAGGACGACGAGAGCUCCAGCACCACCGCGACUGCUACCACCGACACCGAGGAGGAUGACGAAGACGCUGCGGAUGAUGCGGAGACGGAGAGCGCGGAUGACGCGGACGAGGAGAGUGAAGCCAACGAUGAGAAGGAUGGACUGGAGGGCGAUGACGAUGAGGACGACGAUGACGAGGAGGAAGAGGAGGAGCCGCCCACGCAACAAUACAUCGACGCGCUGAAGGGGAUGGUCGGAAACGUGGACCUGCAGUUCGUCUAUCCGAUAGACACCGCCAACAAGGAGAAGAGCGAUGUUGUGCGGGCGAUUCAAACUGCUGCACGUGUCGGUGCGGCGAUGCGCUCACCGCUGAUGCUGCACAUCUUCCAGGUGCUCUUAGCCGUCUGCCGCGAAAACGUGAAGUCGCCCGACGAUGUUGUCUUUAACAGCGCCGCGUCGGCUAUCCAGAUGCUCAUGAUGACGAAGAACCGCUACUUUGGACGCUUCCUCGCGGCGGAGGAUUUGUUCCAGCUUCUGUCCGAUAUCCAAAGCUACUCCCGCAAGCUGGAGCACGUGCUGGUACGCAAGGAGAGCCAGUCGGCCCGUCACGCGGUCACUGUGCGGCGGCGCAUGGCGAAACUGAAGGAUGUCGCCCUGCGCGUGUUCCACUUCACCGCCUUCCUUGCUUACAAGAAUCACGCUGGCGAGGAUGUGCGAGUGACGCUUGUGGAGUUCUACAAGUCCGUCUUCUGUGACCGCGGCUGGGAUGCGAAGAAGCGGAUUCCGGGCGUCAAACGCGACAUGCACCACUACCGCCACGGCUUCGCCUGGGCGCUGCUCCCGGCGGUGUUCGAGAAGUUCCGCGAGGUGGAGGGCCUCGCGGGACCGCAGCGCGUGCGUGUCUUCCGCGGCUGCUGCCACAUGAUCGAGGCGAUGCUGCCGCGCCUCUCUGGCUUGGGCGCGGCACUGAAGGCCGCCAGCGGCGGCUCCAUCGCUGCCUUCCUGCAGUCGACGACGCCGCACACGGUGUAUGCGAUGCUGCACACGCUGCUGUACGACUACUUCCACUGCCUGCGGAUGGUGCUCAAGUACAACAGCCGCGUGCAGCUCGACACUGCGUGGCUGGCGGCGGUUGUCGAGGAGGCAGUCGCCGACGACGAGCUUCAGAUGUCCGCCGCGUCGAUCCGUCUCCUCGCGUCGAUGGAGCGCAUGUUGGGCGUGACACCGCGUGCAAGGGAGACAAAGGCGCCUGUUCCCGUGAAGGUACUCUACCAACAAUACGAGAAGCAGGGUCGAAAGGAGAAGGCUGCCUUCUACAAGCGGGCUAAGCGUGUGCGGGCGAAGAUCGUCAAGGCGCUUGUGGCACACCGCAACGGUGACCUGACGGACGCCGAGCGCGCACUUAAACGCCGUCGUCGCGAGGCCAUGAAGAUUGACGACCGCAUCAAGCGUCAGGCGCUCCGCACGGAGAGGUCAAAGGUGCUCACCAAGGAAGAGAAGGAGGAGAAGCGUAAGGCUAUCAUGAUUGCAAAGCAGGAGCGCAUUGCGAAGAACCGCGAGCGCAAGCGCCGGCUGCACGAACACCGGGAGAAGGCGUUCCAACGUUGGCGCGAGCAGAAGUUGGCCGCUGCUGCUGCUGCUGCAUCAGAGGAGUGA